AUGUUCAAACGAUUCUUUGGAGAGCACGGCGCGAAGAACGUAGUCACCCUCUUCCACAAGCCCUCCAGCCAGGCAUCGACUCGAGUUCUUACUCUUCUCAAGCAACAGAAUGCGCAAUCUGUUGCCCACGCAACCGAAGACCAGGCUAGCUCCCACGAGGCACAGAACAAGUCGCAGAAACCAGAGUUCGAGCUUGACGUGACAGAAGCCCCACCGACAGGUGAUCAGCUUAAGAACAUCUUGGAGUAUCUGGGAGGGACUGGUGCGGCAGGAAAGGUUGUCGAUGGCGCAGAAAACGAGUCGGAUGCGUUGAGGCGACUGAAAGCGGACGGCAAUGUCUUCCAGCGGCCGGUAGUGGUGGAUUGGAACCAAGGCAAAGCAAUUGUUGGGGCGAAUGAGUCUGAGAUCUUGAGCCUCUUGAGUUCAGUCUCCAAGGAAGGCAGCAAGACAUGAUUAUGAGAAAAAGACGCAUGUGCAUCAUAUUCCCCACUCACUUCUAGUCCGAUGUCACUGUACUUUUAUGGCCAACUUGUUUACAAAUUCGGCGGCACAGCUUCACCGCUACAAAAUUUGUUGAAGCAAACAUGCCGCCAGGCGACGGGUAGCUACAAAACCGAUAGGAUACCUACGUAAAACACAUCCCUCAAGGUACUUCCGUCUUAUUGUUAUAUGCGUUAUGUUCACGUUUUGUUUUCCUUGUCUCCUAUAUCCAGAUAUCCUUUGUUGCAGGUAAAGUGUCAGUGCAUCGUGUGUUCCUUAUCGUUGUAUCUGUAAGAGCACCCGAAACGAUAACAAUUCAACC